CACAAAGAAGAGGAAAAACGACUAGGGUUUCAAUUGGAUCGUAGAGAGAGAAAGUAGAGAGAGAGAGAGAUGGCUUGUUAUGAAUCCGUCGUCAAUAAAUUGCAAGAGAUGGAACCGUUGAGUAACAACUGUGCGGGAAGAAUGAAUCUGACAGUUGAACCCGCCGUCGAUCAAUUGGAAGCGGCGGAGAAGAAGAAGAAAUUGGAAGAAGCGGAGAAGAAGAAGAAUCGUAAAGAGAUUCCAGAACGUGUGAAGAAGAUAUUUGCCAUGUGGAAUGCGAAUGCAGGUUUUCUGCCAAUGUAUGAUCGAGAUAUCCCUGAUUCAUGUUCUACCGAAGUGUUUCAGAGGCUUCUAGGUUUUGCCCAAUUGUCAAUUGAUGUCUUCAAUCAGAGACAGCCCAUCAAAUACAGUGUGGUGGAUUUGGUGAAAGCAUCGCAACUUUCGGUGGAUGGGCAUUUAGUCGAUUUGAGGUUUACUGCCAAGUCUGCUGAUUAUGAAGAUGAAGAUGAAGAUGAACAAGGUGCCAAAAAUUUCAAAGCUAAUAUUUACUAUGGAGUCAGACCUACGGAAGUAACCGCUGUUACGAUGCUCUCUACUUAAAAAAAAAAAAAAAGGUGAUUCCAUCUUCAGAGAAGAUAUAUAUGCCUGUGGAAUAUUAAGUUGUGUUGAAUUACAUGUGAUGGGGCUGUGACUUUGUUUUUAUGAACCUAGAAUCUCUUUUUAUAUAUUUUAUUCUCUUUCGGGUUCUUGUUUUGUUUAGUUUUGGGAGUUUUGUGGUUGUCAAAUUAACUGUUAGUAAAUUAAACACUAAUUAUUUUAUACUAGGGGAUAUUACAUAAGUUUUGGUGAUGAUGCAGAGUUCAAGUAAACCUACACUAGUAACUUGUACUUGCUCAAUUCUAAGGUUUACAUCAAUCUGGUUUUCAAGGUUGUGUGUGUGAAAAAUAACAACUUAUUAGCCUUUUGAA